AUGUCUUUAGAACAGCUCACUGCAAAACUUACCGAGAAUUUCGGCAAGGAAGACUAUGAAUCCUGUCUCAAGUUGCUCACUCCGAUAAAGAUACAACUCAUUGAACACAACCUUUUUGUCCCCAGUGUACAGAGUAGCGUCAAUCCUAAUGAUUUGUUAAUUACAAGAUCGAUUUUAGAAAUAGGAGCCUUAGUGUCCAUUAAUUUGGUACAGAUGCAGGAGUUUUCUAACUACAUUGUGCAAUUGAAACCAUUCUACGACCUCGAACAUAUCAAGACUGAAAGUAAUCAAAAGAAUAAGCUAUUGAGUUUGUACUUGCUACUUCUUUUGACCCAAGGUGACUUGGCCAUGUUCCACAUUGAGUUAGAAAAUUUCCAGAAUCACAAGAUGAGCGUCGAUGAAUUAGAGAAAGAUGAAUUUUUGUCCAUCCCGAUCAAGUUUGAGAAAUGGAUCAUCGACGGAGACUUCAAUAAAGUAUACGAAACGUUGUCUUCAAAACACAAAUUUCCAUGUAAAGAGUUCAAUCUUUUUGAAGACCAAUUGUUGAACUCGAUUAGAUUAAAUAUAGCCAACGACUUGGAGAAAGUGUAUAAGCAACUUCCUAUUGAGAACUUAAAACUACUCUUGUUUUUGAAAGAAAUAACAGAGACGCAGGAAUUUAUUGACAACUUUGAUUGGAAGUUGUCAAACGGCAUUGUCGAUUUCCGUAAGAAGGAACAGACCAUAGGAGAGCAGGCCAACAUCAUCGAUGAGAUCAACGAUGAAAAGGCCAUCAUCAAAAACUCUUUUGUGUAUGCGACAGAAAUGGAAAGUAUUAUUUAG